AUGUCUCCUUCUGCCGUGACCAUGGUCAGAACCAAUGCACAUGCGUCGACCAUAGAACGUCAAAACAUAAAUAUUCGUCAACAGGAGUGCGUCAACGGACAGAUAAGCUUCACCACCGAACAUUGUGGCCCACUGCUAGGAAGCCGAUAUUCAGCAGCGGAGCUGUCGAGCAACGUAUACAACGAACCAGAGAGUACUGUUAGACUUUCAGUAAACCAUUUCUUCCCAUUAGCGUAUCCAGAUACUACGCAGCCAGAGAUAAGUGAGAGAGUGUCGUCUAGGGCUGAGGUGGCCGAUCAGCCACGUGACUUGUAUAAAGGGGUUCCUCUGACGGGCCGCGGACGUAUUGACACACCUCGUCGAGCUCUGAUGUGUUUCUUGAAAAGCCAAGAGGUCGAUCGUGAAAUCCAUGAUUCGAAAGUGGGGAGGCACGAUUUAGGGCAUCAGACUUUUGGACUCGACGAUAGCCUGCCACUUCCGCCGCCCACACCUCGAUUUGAAAGGCUGCAAACACCAGAUAUACCGGUUCUAGAGCCCGGUCUGUUCUGCUUUUGUGAUGCUUUCAAACAGUCAUGUUCGAGUUGUUCGAAGGUAUUGAAAAACUCAGAGGAUAAGUAA